AUGUCUCUUGCCAUGGAUGGUGCAACCCCGGAGAGGUCUCCUCGCGGACCUUCCAGCCCGGAGCGGAAAGUUGAAGCCCCAAGCGUGGAAUCCCUUCUUGUACCUGGUGUCGGCAAUACCAGCCGGUCCUCGUUGGCUGCUGCGGGUGAGGAUAUACUUGCUCUCCAAGAUCUUGACCCAGCCCUGAAUAGGAAGAUGCACUUGGUGAAUAAUGCCAUUGAUGAGAUUGGCUGGACUCCAUACCAUCUCAAGCUGUUCUUUCUCAACGGUUUUGGAUAUGCGGUAGACUCCUUGAUCCUUCUCUUCCAGUCAAUUGUCGCAGGGCCGGCCUACAGGGAGUUUCAUAAUACCGGGUACGAAAACGCGCUUACCAUUGCUGUUUAUUGUGGCAUGCUUUUUGGUGCCCUUUUUUGGGGCUUCAGCGCCGAUGUCAUCGGUAGAAAGUAUGCUUUCAACAUCUCAUUGUUCAUGUGCUCGGUAUGCUGCAUCUUGGCAGGUGCCAUGCCUAGCUGGCCCAGCCUCGCGCUUUUCAUUGCGCUUCUUGGUUUCGGUGGGGGAGGUAACCUCAUUAUGGAUACGACCGUCUUCCUGGAAUACCUUCCAAGCAACAAACAGUGGCUCUUGACUUUCCUUGCCUGUUGGUGGGGCUUUGGCCAGGCCAUCACGGGCUUCAUCGGUUGGGCGUUUUUGGUUCCGGAAAAGUGGAAUUGCGCCGACGUCAAUACAUGCUCCAGAGACAACAACUGGGGGUGGCGUUAUUGCCUCUUUACCGGCGGAGCCCUGGUUUUAGCCAUGUCCAUCCUGCGGCUCACCGUCGUCCGUCUUCGCGAAACACCAAAGUACCUCCUUGGGAUGGGUGAGGACGAGAUGGUUGUCGAGACUUUCCAAUUCUUGGCCCACAAGUACAACCGCCCAUGCUCUUUGAACCUGGAGAAGCUCCAAGCAUGUGGGACAAUCCAGGCUGCCCGAAACUCGACCGGCUUCUCGCUGAAGGGAUCAGCACGUAACUUCAGCGGGCUCUUUUCCACAAGAAAGGUUGCCAUGUCAACGCUUAUGAUUUGGCUCUCUUGGACACUUAUCGGUCUCGCCUAUCCUCUUUUCUAUGUGUUUCUGCCGACGUAUCUGGAAAAGCACGGCUUGAACUACAAACAAACGCCAUUCGAGAAAUGGCGCAACUAUGCCGUUACCAACGUUUGUGGUAUUCCGGGCCCAAUCAUCGCCGGAUUCCUCUGCAACACCAAACUUCUUGGCAGGAAAUACACCAUGAGCAUCGGUGCUCUGAUGACUACGGCGUUUUUCUUCGGAUAUCCCGCCGUGUCAACGCGGGGACAAGAUUUGGCCUUUACUUGCCUCAUUGCUUGCGUCCUCAACAUUUACUACGGCACUCUGUACGCGUACACUCCAGAAGUGCUGCCUAGCGCCCAUAGAGGGACCGGAAACGGAGUGGCAGUCGCUUGCAAUCGCAUCAUGGGCAUCAUCUCUGCGGUGGUGGCAACCGAAGCGAAUACCGCUACAUCUGCGCCGCUCUAUGUUUGCGCCACCAUGUUCAUCGUCGCGGCAAUUGUUUCCGCCUUGUUUCCAUUUGAGCCGUAUGGUAGAAGAAGCUCCUGA